ACCGGCCGGCCAUCGUCCAGAAUACUAGACCGGUCCUUCCUCCCUUCCUUCCCGGAGAGAGAAACCUGCUGGUCCUGGUCCUCUCUCAUGGGCAACAACAUAUAAGCGAGUCCCAGGCACUGGUGGCGUCGCUGUAACCACGUCCCCAGCAUCUUGCAAUGUCCACGUACUCAAAUCCCAUCUACGCAAACCCACCAACCGCAAAUCCAAACCCAAGAUCCGGAUGUUACCAUUUCCCAAGAUCGACGACAGCUCUGGCAAACCGCCCCGCCAGUCCGGCUUCUUCGUGCUGAACUUCAAGAACGGGACGAACCCAUGAACCCGAAUCGCCCGCCAUGUUAAACCCGCUCAAACCCAAUAACCCAUCUCUGGUUCACCUGCAAAGCCUUCGUUCCGCGCUCAAUCCGAGGUCCCCGCUCUGCUCCUCCUCGUUAACGGGCUCUCCCGCCGGUCUGGUGUCCAAAGUUUUGAGCUUUCUGCGCGUCGUCCACUGGCAGAAGAAUCCCGAGCUCCUCCGUGUCAGCGCGGAGUUGAAGCCCCACCAUGUGUCCGAAAUCGUGCAAUGGCAUGAUAACACCGGCUCCGCCCUGCAAUUCUUUUUCUGGAUGUCUAAGCGGCAUUUCUACAAACACGAUGCGCGCUGCUUUGUGUCGAUGUUGGAUAGGCUUGUCCGGGAUCGGUAUUUGGCGCCCGCGGAUAAGGUUAGGAUCAUGAUGAUCCAGGCUUGUAGAAGCGAGGAGGAGCUGAAGCGGGCUCUUGAGUAUUUGAAUGAGAUUGGUAGAAAGGGUCUUGCUUUGACGUUGUACAGUUAUAAUACUCUUUUGUUGCAGCUGGGAAAGUUUGGGAUGAUUGCUUUAGCUCAGAACACGUACACUCAGAUGCUUAAUGAUGGUAUUAAACCUAGUCUGUUGACAUUCAACACGAUGAUUAAUAUGUUGUGUAGGAAGGGCAUGGUUCAACAAGCUAUGUUGAUAUUCAGUAAGAUUUUUCAGUAUGACAUGCGUGCAGAUACUUUUACUUAUACGUCCUUGAUUCUUGGGCAUUGUAGGAAUGAGGAUAUAGAUUCGGCUUUUGAGGUUUUUGAUAGGAUGACCAGGGAGGGUUGUGAUCCGAAUUCUGUUACAUAUUCGAAUCUGAUCAAUGGGUUGUGCAAGGUAGGAAGGGUGGGUGAGGCACUUGAUAUGCUCGAUGAAAUGAUUGAGAAAGGAAUCGAACCAACUGUUUAUACUUACACGGUUCCGAUCACCACUUUAUGUGAGGUUGGACGAGUGAAAGAAGUAAUGGAGCUUGUGCAUAGCAUGAAGAAGAGAGGCUGCAGUCCAAAUAUUCAGACUUAUACAGCUCUUAUUAGUGGGUUCUCUGAUGCAGGACUGUAUGAAUUGGCAGUUGGAAUGUACCAUAAAAUACUGAAGCUAGGUCUGAAGCCAAACACUAUCACGUUCAAUGCCUUAAUAAAUCUGCUAUGUCUAAGUGGAAGAUUUGAUGAUGCAUCGACAAUUGUUCGUAGGAUGGAGAGACUUGGUUGUGCACCCAACAUUCAGACCUUUAAUGAAAUAAUAAGGGGUUUAUGCUUAGUUGAUGAGAUGGACAAAGCAAUGGUUCUUUUUGAUAAGAUGCUCAAAUUUGGUCCUUUUCCAAAUGUGAUAACAUAUAAUACACUCAUUGGUGGGUACCUCAAACAGGGUUCACUUAACAAUGCAACUAGACUAUUGUAUUUUAUGAAGGAGAAUGGAUGUGCAGCAGAUGAGUGGACGUACAGUGAAUUGAUAACUGGGUUCUGUAAAGCUAACAAGUUAAGUUCAGCUUUUGAUCUUUUCAAUGAUGUUGUGGGACAGGGGAUCCGUCCUAAUCAUGUCAUUUACACAGCUUUGAUUGAUGGAUGCUGUAAGGAGGGGAAGGUAGAUAAUGCUUUGCACAUAUUUGAUAAGAUGGGGGAAAAAGAUUGCUUGCCUAGUAUUGAAACAUACAAUGCCAUCAUUAGUGGUUUGAGCAAAGCAAAUCGCAGUGCUGAAGCUAAAAAGCUAAUUAGUAUGAUGGAAGAUCAAGGACCUCAACCAAAUGUUAUCACCUAUACAUCGUUAAUUGACGGGCUCUCUCGAAAUGGAGGGAUCGACCAUGCAUUUCAGAUUUUUCAUGAAAUGGAAAGAGGAAAUUGCUUGCCGAAUUUGUUAACUUACAGUUCACUGAUUUUUGGCUUGUGUCAGGUGGGUAAGCCAGAGAGUGCUGAGAAAUUAUUGGAAGAGAUGGAAGGGAACGGUUUUUAUCCUGACCACAUAACAUUCACCUCUUUAAUUGAUGGAUUCGUCAUGAUUGGCAAACUAGAUUAUGCAUUCUUGCUUUUUAAGCUUAUGGUAGCUAGAGGCUGUGAACCGAACUUUCGAACUUUUGCUGUUUUGCUUAAAGGUUUGCAAAAGGAAUGCCAGUUGUUCUCAGAAAAGGCUGUUGCACAACAGGAAGCUGCUUACACUAGUGUCUCUGAUGAGAGUUACUCUACCAUCAACUUGUUUGUGCUCUUGAAUCGCUUGUCUGAGAUCAGAUGUGAACCCACAACCAACAUGUACAGUGAGUUAAUAAAGGGCUUGUGUAGGGAAGGUAGAUGUGCAGAGGCAGAUCAGUUGGUGGAAAACAUGGAGCAGAAAGGCUUGUAUCCCAACAAGGAGGCAUAUCAGUUUUUGUUAAUUUCGCAUUGUAGAGAUUCCCAAGUUGAUCCUGCCUUGAGAAUCUUUGAUUUGAUGGCAGUUAGAGGCUUUGAGUGUCGCCUGUUGACAUUUAAGGCUCUCAUCUCUGCUCUAUGCAGGGUAGGUCGCUUUGGUGAGGCAAAAGCAUUAUUUGAGAGGAUGCUUGAGAAAGAGUUGAAUGUAGAUGAGAUUGUUUGGACAGUAUUAAUUGAUGGCUUGCUGAAGCAAGGAAAUACAGAUUUCUGCAUGGAGUUCCUCCACAUCAUAGAAUCCAAAAAUUACAUAAUUAACUUUCAUACAUACACAAUACUGGCAAGAGAACUGUCCAAAAUAGACAAGUCAGAAGAAGCUGAUUGCAUAGCUGAGAAAAUGAAAGCUUUCAGGUACAGCAAUAAAAAUAAGAUUGUCUCACUGUAACAUCAGCAUUCACCAGAAGGGAGGUUCUUUGAGAUGACUGUGCUGCCCACUCCGCGAGCCCAGCUGGCCAUAGUAAUUUUGCUUUUUGGCAUGGAGCUGCUUCUAAUUUUCAUGGCGACCACAUUCUGGAUAAUUGUUCACCUGACAAUUCUGUGAACCACACAUCUGCCUCCUUUGCAACAAAUUGAUAGGAUUGGAGAGACUUGCAUAUCUUGGAGAGGUGAUUGUGGUCAAGCUAGAUUUGGAACGGUUGCCCUAUGUCAAGCACUGGCUUAAGGUGGGUGUCAUAUUACAGGUAUCAUGCUCCUCGAGAUAUAUUCGUAUGAUGCACCCAUUAUCUUGACCUUCAGAAUCAUGUCUACUUUUUACCAGCUAAGUUUGAGAAAUUGGGCAUCAUAAUGUGGGCCCUAACUGUGCGCUUAUUCUUUUGUCUGGCCAAAUUUGGCUGAUAAAGGAAAAAAAAGAAUAUUCUAAAUUUUCUGAUUGUGCAAUUUAAUACUUUUACUUUUAUGUGGUACAAUUUGGUCGCUAGGAGGCGUUCAAAUUUAUUGAUGUUUCUUGGGCAUUUUUUGCAAUUGGAAACAAUUUGUGCAUGUUAUAAGAAGACCUUAAACAUCUAACAUUUGUCUUGACAACCUGGAAUGUAGUAAAUGCAGAGAUAUGUAAUUUGAUGCCGAAGAAGACCAGAAAAUAAAUUAAAGCAUAAAUGUCUGAUAGUUGUUAUCUAUCCAGGAAAAUAUCUCUGAUAGUGGCUGGUGAAUUUCUUGUAUGAAAUGAAAUGAACUUCUUUAUACACUGAAAAAGAUGGAGCACAGGUUUCUAGAGUGACUUUGUGAGUGCCUGGCCCCUGCAUGGAAAACGAAUCAGUUACUAUUGGCUGAAUUACAGACAAUGUAUGUGACUAUUUUGAGCGGUCAAGUCCACUGUUUAAGUAGGCUCGGAAAAAGUAUUGUUUCAUUUGGCGGGCCGACCUGAAGUGAUCAUAAGUGUGAUUUGGACAAUCGGCUCUUCUAUAGUACCUAGCCUAGCCCAUCGAUUGUUGCCCAAUCCCAAAAUAUUAUUCUUACUCUGUCUAGGUUCUGGCCAACCCUAAAUUUUAUCCGUACUUCAUCAGGGAUUUGCAUUUGAUGAUUGAGUUAGGGAAAACUUUUGAGUUUUGCACCUGGCCAGACCUGAUAAUUGAGUUAUAGAAUUUCAAAGGACCCUGCCCAAUCCUGCCACAGACUACCUUUAGCAGUUUGAGCCUUGUGGAAUAUUCUUAUUACACCCUUGUUUGAUUGGACCUCAGGGCAGCAAUGUAAACAAAUUCUCCAUCUUUCUCAAGCAGCAGGACUAGUGAAGUACCUGAUAUGACUUCCUUGUGAGCAUUUAUAUACUGGAGAAAUGAAGAAGCUAACACAUUCUACUACUUCAGCACACGGUUGACCUAAGUUAUAAUGAACCGUCCUGGUCCAAAGUUCGAGUAGAGAGCAGGAUCUGUUACAGGUUCUUCAUAGGAACUAUUUGGCUAUUAACCGGUUUAUGAAAUGUCUCAUCCCAAGUUUAUGGACACUCAUGUCUUUAGAUACAUCUUUUGAAUAGUUGAUUUGUAGAUUAGAGAAUAUAAGUACCUGCUGACUUCACUUCAAAUGAAAUUUAUGUUUGCUCUUGAAAGUUUUCCAUUUUGCUUUUGAGGUUUUUCUGCUAUAAGUUCACAAAUAGUGAAGCACAGUGGAGGUUUUAAUGAUUGGUUUUUGACUUCUCAUACUUUUAAGAUGAAUUUUCUUGUCUAAAGCAAUGCUUCUAUCAUUGUUAACCCAGUCUUUUACUGUGAGUUGAAGUUUAUGCCAUCUCAAGUUCAGAUUUGUUUAGAGAAGAUGGUAAGAGUUUGUAAUAUUAGUAGUGGUGAAGAUUGCAUAGUUUUUAGUAUGAUUAAUCCUAGUAGAUGUUCUUGAUUUCAAUGUCAAAGAUCUGCAAUUAUUUUCUCUUUCCCAAAAGUAGUUUUUUUACUCUCUUCCUUCUUUUACUUCAAUUUAAGUGUCUCUCAUCCCUUUUGUGGUCGCUUUUGGUUUUGUAUGACUCACUUCUAUAAGCUCUUUUUGCUAAGCUCAAGAAGGAAGUAUUCAGGGUUAACAUUUUGGAGGAGAAAUGUUUGCAACAAUAUAUAUUCACCAGAGUGGCUCUGCCAAUAGUACACCACAAUUACAAUGUAAACUGAACAAUAUGGUGCCUUACCUUCAUUUGUCCAUUUCAGCACCAUUGUGGAAUCGUGCAAAUUUCAGUAUAGCUUUGCCAUGCCAGAUGGAAAUCAAGCUUAGAUAUGGGAAUGUUGUCAUACUUGCCUCCAUUUUGCAGGAUGAAACUGUGUUUCUUGGCCAUUUGAAGCUUUCCUCUUGCCUGGCAGACAGCAGAGAUGAAUGUUGAGGUAAUGAAGUACAGUUUAUGCGGCCCUGCUGUAGAAGAAGAAGAGACAAGCAGGGGAGGAGGAGGACGAGGAGGACGAGGACAAGGAGGAGGAGAAGUAGAGCUCAAAUCAUCAUUACUGAUGAAUUCUUUAUUGUACAUUGGUAGAUGUUUAAUCAUCCUAGUCAAGCCUCGGUAAAAGAAGUGAUCAGGAAAAUAAUCACUGCAUUCUGGUCUAAUUUUAUAAAGGUGCUCCUUAGUAAGGAUGGUGGUUUUCCUUGUUGAGUUGGCUCUCCUAUUCUUUAUUCAAUUAUAGGUUAUGCAAAUAAGUGGUGCAUCAAGCACUAGUAAUCUACUCUUCAAUUUUGGGAAGGUUGUCCAUUUGGGUGAUCUGAGGGGUAUUUGAGAAUCAGAAGUCUAGUGUACGAUAAGAUAGGUUGAUGAAGUUCCUGGGCUUUUGUAUCACAGAGAUAGAGUUGUCAUCAGAAUUUGUUUCAAGUUUUGUAUCAUUGUAUAGGGUAGUACCCUUUGGUACUCUACUGAUCAAACAUUGUGCAUUCAAAGUGAGUAAAAAUUGUCCAGUGAGAACGCAUUCUGUUAUCUAAGCU